AUAGAAUAUAACAAGGCUAUCAAAAAUUACACAAAGUUUGAUGACUGGUACCUCUGGGUUCAGAUGUACAAAGGAACAGUGUCCAUGCCUGUUUUUCAGUCCCUGGAGGCGUACUGGCCAGGCCUACAGAGCCUAAUUGGGGAUGUAGAUAAUGCCAUGCGAACCUUCCUCAACUAUUACACAGUGUGGAAGCAGUUUGGUGGGCUGCCGGAGUUCUACAACAUUCCUCAGGGCUACACAGUGGACAAGAGAGAAGGAUAUCCACUCAGGCCUGAGCUAAUUGAGAGUGCAAUGUAUCUGUACCGGGCUACAAGAGAUCCCACGCUUUUAGAACUGGGAAGAGAUGCAGUAGAGUCAAUAGAGAAAAUCAGCAAGGUGGACUGUGGAUUUGCAACUAUCAAAGACUUGAGAGAUCACAGACUGGAUAAUCGCAUGGAAUCCUUCUUUUUGGCUGAAACAGUAAAAUACUUGUACCUGCUGUUUGACCCAGACAACUUCAUUCACAACGAUGGGUCAGUCUUUGAUGUGGUGGUUACACCAUACGGGGAAUGCGUCGUGAAUGCUGGAGGAUACAUCUUCAACACGGAAGCUCAUCCGAUAGACCCUGCUGCACUGCACUGCUGUAGGAAGCGGGAGGAAGAGCAGUGGGAGGUGGAAGACUUGAUGCGUGAAUUUUACUCACUGAAGAAAAACAAGAAAUUUGCUUUUAAAAGAGCUUUCGACCAUGGUGAAGGAGAAAGUGCAAAAGACCCUGAAGAUACCUCUUCAGAGAAAGAUGGAGAGAAGAGAAACUCUAAGAAGAGCUCACACUCCCUCCUGAGUUGCCCCAGUCAAUCUUUUCACUCUAAACUUGCAGUACUGGGCCAGGUCUUCCUGGAUAACACCUGAUUCUAUUUUCAUUGUCACUUUAAAUUAUUGA